AUGACAACUGCUCAAUUUUAUUGCCAAUACUGCAUGGCAUCACUUCUUGGGAAGAAAUAUGUACUAAAGGAUGACAGGCCAUACUGUGUUUCUUGUUACGAUCGUAUCUUUUCUAACUAUUGUGAGGAGUGCAAAGAACCAAUUGAAUCAGGUUCCAAGGAUCUUUGUUACAAAGGCCGGCACUGGCAUGAAGGAUGCUUUAAUUGCACCAAAUGCAAUCACUCUUUGGUGGAAAAGCCUUUUGCUGCCAAGGAUGACCGCCUGCUGUGCUCGGAGUGCUAUUCUAAUGAGUGCUCUUCCAAGUGCUUUCACUGCAAGAAGACCAUCAUGCCUGGUUCCCGCAAAAUGGAAUUUAAGGGUAACUACUGGCAUGAAACCUGCUUUGUGUGUGAGCACUGCCGACAGCCAAUAGGAACUAAACCUCUGAUUUCCAAAGAGAGUGGCAAUUACUGUGUGCCGUGUUUUGAGAAGGAGUUUGCUCACUACUGCAGCUUUUGUAAGAAGGUGAUAACUUCAGGUGGGAUAACAUUUCGUGACCAGCCAUGGCAUAAGGAGUGUUUUCUGUGCAGCGGCUGUAGGAAAGAGCUCUGCGAGGAAGAGUUUAUGUCCAGAGAUGACUAUCCAUUCUGUCUGGAUUGCUACAACCAUCUUUAUGCCAAAAAGUGUGCCGCCUGCACCAAGCCUAUUACUGGUCUCAGAGGUGCCAAGUUUAUCUGCUUUCAAGACCGCCAGUGGCACAGUGAAUGCUUUAACUGUGGGAAGUGCUCCAUCUCCUUGGUGGGGGAAGGCUUCCUGACUCACAACAAGGAAAUCUUCUGCCGCAAAUGUGGCUCUGGGGUGGACACUGACAUCUAG